UCAAAUUCCCAACUUGUAGAUAGCGGCUGCGGCUGUCAUUCUACACGAUUAUUGUAAAAUUACAAAUUUUCAGCAAAUUAUUGUAUUUUUGUGAGUGAAACGCAUCAAAAUGGUUGAGGCACAGAAGUUUAGGAUUGAGCAGGAGAUGACAAACCUUGUCAAUGAAUUGGACAAGAGUUAUUUACGGAAAAUGCAAGGUGACAUGCACAGAUGUGCAGCGAAAUGUUGUGAUGACCCCCAGACCUCAUUAGAGCGUGUGCAUGGAUGCAUUGAGAACUGUACUAGUUCACUAAACCAAGCUAAUAAUUAUGUCCAGGGAGAGAUCAAUCACUUGCAAAAUCGGCUACAAAGAUGUGUAAUGGACUGCAAUGAUCAUGCGAGAGACAGAUUGGGACCUGAUCCUAGUCAGGAGACGAUAGACAAAUGCACGAUUGAAUUCGAGAAAUGCGCCGUAAAAUGUGUUGACAAGCACAUUGCAAUCAUUCCCAGUAUGCUGAAGACGAUGAAGGCAGUUUUAGCCAGCGGGAAGCCUCCACCACCGAAGGCCAACUAAGAAGACCUCUGUAGAUUAGUGUUAUGUUCGUUACAAAAGGUCAAUGUAGAACAAGUUAGGUUGGCUAGUUUGUUUAUGAGUCUGUCUCACUGUUAGUCACAAGCCUCUUCUCAAACGGAGAAGGUUUAUUAAUCGCCACCCUUGCUGAAGGCGUUUUGGCGAUUUCUAUUGGUAUAAAUAAAAUAAUUGGCAGAUUGUACAUUACAAAUAAUUAGUUUUCUAUGAGUACUUAUCAUUCUGCGUACCCCUCAGGGAGUGAUGUUGUAAUUAUGUAUGUAAUUAUGUUUAUUGUUACAUUUUUUUCUGUUACAAAUCUGUUUAAAACAUU